CGAUUGGUUCUCAGAGAGUUCGAAGCGAUGGAAAAAAAAAAGCAUUAAAAAUAGAGCUGAGCUGGAAAAGUCACCACAAAUGAUUAUUUACCUCCGAUCCGGACGGUUCUGGUGGAGCGGAGCGGAGUCGUUUGGUUCGAUAAUUCGAUAAAACGGAGGGAUAUCUGUGAGGAUUAACGCGGAGGCAGGGAGGGAUAAACCCGGACCAGCUGGACUAUCCGGAUUACCCACUCGUUGGAAAAAAAAAAGCGAAAACAAGAAGCGCUGAGAGGACAUUCAGUCCGGGGAGGAUGAGCUGAGAGCCGGGGCAGGAGCCGCUUCGUGUUCGUUAAACGGACCACACACCGGGGCUCGGACGGAUAUUUAUGUACUGGGGGUUAAACUUCGCUGCAGUCGCCGGACUACACGGUUGUGGGUGCAGGAGAGCCCCCUCCAGUUCGGAGAUCCCCGCCGCCUGUGCCGAUGCCCACGGCCGACUGCAGGCUGCUCCAUCAUGGCCGGAUCAUGAGGUGUCUGACCUACCUGUUCCUGCUGCCAGAAAGCCUGAAAAAGUCCAAGAAGGUCGGCGGGCUCCCGGGCCGGCUGCCGGUCUGUUAUGAGAUCCUGACCCUGUCCCUGACGAGCACGAAGAAGAAGCAGAAGGAGGAGGAAGAGAAGAAGAUGGCCGCGGAGUUGUACCCCGCCGCCGGCACCGACGCCACCAGCCUGGCCAGCGGCACCACGGUGGAGGAGAAGCCCGGGGAGGUGCCGCUGAGCCCGGGGAGCAGCGGCGGCGGCAGCGCGGCCACCACCCCGACCAGCCAGCAGAACAUCACCAACAACAACACGGAGCCCGCCGGCAGCUGGCAGUGCAGCCACCCGACCCUCCGGGAGAGGAACGCCUUGAUGUUUAACAAUGAGCUGAUGGCGGACGUCCACUUCAUUGUCGGGCCCCUGGGGGCCUCACAGAGAGUCCCAGCACACAAGUACGUCCUCGCCGUGGGAAGCUCCGUCUUCUGCGCCAUGUUCUACGGAGAUCUGGCGGAGGAGGAGUCUGAAAUCCACAUCCCAGAUGUGGAACCUGCUGCUUUUCUAAUCCUGCUGAAGUACAUGUACAGCGACGAGAUCGACCUGGAGGCGGACACGGUGCUGGCCACCCUGUACGCCGCCAAGAAGUACAUCGUUCCCGCGCUUGCCAAGGCCUGCGUCACCUUCCUGGAGACGAGCCUGGAGGCCAAGAACGCCUGCGUGCUGCUGUCCCAGAGCCGGCUGUUCGAGGAGCCCGAGCUGACGCAGCGCUGCUGGGAGGUGAUCGACGCGCAGGCCGAGCUGGCGCUGCGCUCCGAGGGCUUCUGCGAGAUCGACCUGCAGACGCUGGAGAUCAUCCUGCGGAGGGAGACGCUCAACACCAAGGAGGCGGUGGUGUUCGAGGCCGUCAUGAACUGGGCCGCGGCCGAGUGCAAGAGGCAGGGCUUGGGGCCCACCACCCGGAACACGAGGGAGGUUCUGGGAACGGCGCUGUUCCUGGUGCGGAUCCCCACCAUGAGCCUGGAGGAGUUCGCCAACGGAGCGGCGCAGUGCGACAUCCUGACGCUGGAGGAGACGCACAACGUCUUCCUGUGGUACACCGCCGCCCAAAAACCCAAGCUGGACUUCCCGCUGACGCCCAGGAAAGGCCUGUCCCCCCAGCGGUGCCACCGGUUCCAGUCCUCUGCUUACCGGAGCAACCAGUGGCGGUACCGCGGCCGCUGCGACAGCAUCCAGUUCGCCGUGGACAAACGGAUCUUCAUCGCCGGCUUGGGGCUGUACGGCUCAAGCGGGAACAAGGCGGAGUACAGCGUCAGGAUCGAGCUGAAGCGGCAGGGCGCCACGCUGGCCCAGAACCUGACCAAGUUCGUGUCGGACGGGUCGAGCGGCACAUUCCCCGUGUGGUUCGAGCACCCGGUCCAGGUGGAGCAGGACACCUUCUACACGGUGAGCGCCGUGCUGGACGGCAACGAGCUCAGCUACUUCGGGCAGGAGGGCAUGACGGAGGUGCAGUGCGGGAAGGUGACGUUCCAGUUCCAGUGCUCCUCGGACAGCACCAACGGAACCGGGGUGCAGGGCGGGCAGAUCCCCGAGCUCGUGUUCUACUCGUGACAGCCCGGUUCUGCCUCCGGACCCGUGUAGCAUCCAAAAACUCCUCACCGAGGGCCCAGAAGAGACUAUUUUCAAAACAAAUGAGUUGCUUGAUCUUAUUUAAUUUAACUUUAUUUUUUUAUUUAAAUCUUGAUUUAAGGUUCUGAAGCUGUCUGGGUUUAUGGAACCGGGCUCGACUGGAACAAAGAUCCAGCUGGCCACAGUUCCAGCUGCAGAGCGGACUCUAAGGUUCUGAGGCGGCGCCAGUUGUUUUGUACGGUCUGACUUCCUGUAGAGACCUGAUGUGCAGGAAGGCUCGUGCAGCUCAUAAUAAAAGGUUCUGAUGGGCUCGUGUGGUGCAGAGCGGCUUUGUAAGGGGCUGCAGCGCCCCCUGCGGGCAGCGCUGUGGACUGCACCCUGCUUCCUCUAACUGGGAGCUUGAGCCAGGUCUCACACUUUAAAACAUUUGUUUACUGGUUUUUCUUUAACCGUAGAGUCGAACUCGCCUCGGUGCCUUUUGACUCUUCAGCAGUUUCAUAAAAAGUUUAUUAUUUGAAGCAGAUCAGAACUCUGAAAAAUCAAAACACAACGCACCGACUUGAACGUCUCUGACCCACAUCUUAGUCACAGUGGAACAUUUUAAACGCAUCAAACGUUUAAAAUGGAACUGAACCUUUUUUUUUUUCAAGAUUAAAAAUAAGAAAAAAGUAUUUGAGAAUUUGAUGAUAAAAGGACUCCAGUCCUGGAUCUUCUCUGCUGGAUGAGAGCAGAUGUUCUAAAACCUGAAGAUACUUUCCUGCAUUGAUGGAGUCUUUCCAAAUGUGCUAGCUGCUCAUGCUGGAGACACUAAUGC